UAUCGAAGUCUGUGAAAAACUGUCUGAAAAUUAAAUCGUGACUAGUUGUGAAAAAUUAACAUCGAAGGCAAGAAGGUUCUCGUUCUGCACUCCGUAACAUGCUAUAAAUACCUCAGAGAAAGAGACACUCUACUCAUCUCUGUCUAUCUCCGAGUGUCCAGAUCUAUUUAUAUGAUCGUGGUUCAUGAUACAUAUACAUAUCAGUGAUAUAUACAUAUAUACAUAUGUAUAUAUAUGAAGUGGGAGGUCUUGUUUAUUCUUGUAAACAAAAUUGAUAAAUAAAUCAGUAAUUUGAUUUACUUUACAAAUGAUAAAUAUUUAAACUAUGAAAAGACAUAAUUCUAAGAGACAAUUAAAUAUAUUUUUAUAAUUGAUAAUGGUUAUAAGUAUUCGUUGAGGUUAAUGAUGUAAAUAUCGAUUUAUAGUUUAAAAUUUCGUAAAAAUAUAUAUUAAUAAAUCAAUCGAAAAUGUGUCCAGCACUUUUAGAAAAUGAAGAACGAUGUUUCGGAGGGAUGACAUUUUUUGCCCAAAGUCAUCCAGUUGAAGUUUGUGGUAGCAAUGGUUUACCUCUUACACCAAAUUCGAUAACCAUAUAUGGAAAAUCUCAAUUUUUAAAGACUAUUCACCAUCCAAAUUUAUCUACAUAUCUUGAUAUAAUUAGAAGUAAACAUGAACGGGUAGUAGUGGUUGCAGAAUAUAAUGGAGAUACAUUAAAUAAAAAAGAAAAUUUGAACAUUGAUGAUAUUGUGAAAAUAGCAUUUCAAUGCCUGUUGGGUUUACAGCAUAUGAAUAAUUUAGGCUUAGUACACAGACAUUUAAAUCCUGAAAAUAUAUUAGUCAAUAAAAGUGGAAAUGUACAGUUAUAUAAUUUUGGUUUAUAUUAUAUGACAGAUAGUGGAAAGAAUGUAUCUUUUCCUAUUGGUUAUCCAAAGUAUACAGCUCCUGAAGUAUUUCUGAGUUCUGGUGUCAGUAGCUCAAAAGUAGAUUCUUGGUCUUUAGGUAUGAUUAUUGCAGAAUUAUUAUUGGGAAAGUCAAUGUGGCCAGGUGUAAAAUUAUCUCAAUGUUUGCGGAAAGUUCUUAGUCUAAUACACUGUGAAACUUCUGUUUUUGAACGUCUUGCAAGAGAAGCUAAUUGUUACAAUAUUUAUAAGGAUUUACCUGAUAAAGUAAAGGAUUUUAUAGAUUGUUGCUUACAAAUUCACCCCUUAACGCGCAAGAUACCAGAAGAGUUACUGAAGUUACCUAUAUUUGAAGAAUUUUUGUUACAAAAUGAGAAAGAAAAAGAAAAAAAUUUAUAUAAGAAUGUUAUUGUUAGAAAAAUGGAUGAAUUAUAUUAUUUAUGGCAAUUAGCAGGAGGCGAUAUUACUGUGGAGUUAAAGAAACAGGGAUUUAUUCGGUCAAGACCACCUAUUUUAUCAAUUCCAAAUUUAGUGAUACUUUUAGGUCAAAUGUUUGGCAGAAGAGACACAGCAGGAUUACUUGAUUUACGUGUGGUUAAAGUUCCUCUUGAUACACUACAUCAACGUUUGUCUCAUAUUCCAUAUAUAGCUAAUUAUCCAUGGUUAACAAAUCAAAUGCGCGUUCAAUCGCAAGAGGAUUUGAUAGAUGCUGCUUCCCAGUUACCUUUAAUUAUAAGAGAAAGAGAUACAGAAUAUCAAUUUUAUAGGAUUGUUUUAUAUGAUAGAUUACUACAGGUUUAUCCAAUUACACGGGAAGCAAUAAUUGAAGAAGCACACAAAGAUAUACCUCCACCUGUUAGGGGAGCCGUAUGGGCAGCAUUGCUUGGUAUUACUGGUGAUAUUCAAAAACGUUAUGAUAUGAUUGACAAAGAAACACCUACGCACACAGAUCGACAAAUAGAGGUAGACAUACCAAGAUGUCAUCAGUAUAGUGAAUUAUUGUCAUCUGGUGCUGGUCACGAAAGAUUACAAAGAUUACUCAAAGCAUGGGUUCGAAAUAAUCCUCAUUAUGUUUAUUGGCAAGGAUUAGAUUCGUUAACAGCUCCAUUUCUAUAUCUUAAUUUUAAUAACGAAGCUAGAGCAUUCGAAUGUCUGUCUGCAUUUAUACCAAAAUAUCUUCACAAAUUUUUUCUGAAAGAUAAUUCUGCUAUUAUACAAGAAUAUUUAGGAAAAUUUUCACAAAUUAUAGCUUUCCACGAUCCACAAUUAGCUAAUCAUCUUAGAUCAAUCAACUUUGUAUUAGAAUUGUUUGCAAUUCCAUGGUUUUUAACAAUGUUUUCACAUGUGUUUCCACUUCACAAAAUACUUCAUUUAUGGGAUAAACUUCUAUUAGGAGAUUCAUCAUUUCCACUUUUAGUUGGACUAGCAAUAUUAAAACAAUUACGAGAUUCUCUUUUAACUUCAGGUUUCAAUGAAUGUAUCCUCUUAUUUUCUGAUCUUCCUGAAAUCGACAUCGAAUUAUGUGUUAAAGAUUCUAUGAUGAUGUACCAAAAUACACCACCUAGUAUUACUUAUAGAAAACAUCAGUUUAAUCAACCAAAAGAUAUAAAUUGGUUAGAACCAGAACCAGGUACUGAAAAAAUGCCAAGAAUUUCUGUUGAUGACUUUUUAGAUUUAUUAAACAAUAGCCCUGAAAGAUUAAUAACUGUAGAUGUACGCAAUAACAUACAAUUUGAAAGAGGUGCUGUAGUAGGCAGUAUUAAUAUUCCAUUUACAAGUGUACAACUUUCCUUAACUCAUAUUGAAACUCUUGGACCACAUGCAAAACCACUUGUAGAAAAUAAAAAUAGCGUUGUUGUAAUUAUUGGGCCUCAUGAUCAAAAUAAUGCCUUGUUUGCAGAUUUUUUGGUAAAAUGCGGAGUUGUGGGUGUAUGUUCUUUACAAGGAGGAAUUUCUAUCUUACGGGCAAAAUCUCCAAAUGUUAUAGUAGCAUUACGAUAAAAGUAACGUGUAAAUGCUGGACUUUUUAAUGUAAUAAAUUACAACGCCACAUUUUCAUAUUUGAGAAUUAUACAAUUUGUAUAUAUAUGUAUAUAUAUAUAAUUUUAAAUUACUUAUAUAUUGUAAUAUUUUAUUUAACUAUAUUAUAUGUAGAAUAUUAUGAGGUAAUUGUAAAAUAUUAUAUCUUUCUAACAUUGAGAUUAUAAGCGAUAAUAGUACAUAUAAAAUAUGUAUUAUAUUAAUUAAAGAAUUAAAUU